AUGACUUCCAUUGUUGUUGGCAGCUGCUACUGCGGCAAGAGUCGCUACGAAACAACAGCCCCCAUCUACGGCCUCUCCUACUGCUACUGCACCAUCUGCCAGCUCGUUCACGGCGCGCCCUUCGCCCCCUUCGUCAACAUCAAAAGCGAGCACUUCCACUGGAUCGAGAAAACAUCACUCGUGGAGUUAAGGCUUACCGACUUCGCGACAAGAACUGUCUGCAGCAGUUGCCAUGCGCCGCUGACUAUGGUCUACGAUAAGCGGCCGCAGGAAACGGGGAUUUGUGCUGUCACGGUGAAGGAGGGGGCCGUUCCCGAGUUGGAGUGUCAUAUAUUUGUCGAGACCAAGCCGGAGUGGUAUAGGAUUCUGGAUGAUAAGCCGCAGGAUAUGGGUGUUCCGGAGGAUAUGAAGCAGUAUUUAACUUGA